AUUUCUGACUGCGGCGGGGGCCGAGCAGCCGGGGCACCUAGGGCGGGCAGACAGUCGGCCCGUCUCCGCGGCCCGUUUCCUCUCUCCUUAAAAUCCUUUUUUUUUAACCCCCUCGCUCGCUCUCCUCUUCUCCCCUCUCCCCUCGCUUGCUCCAUCGCGCGCGGCCCGCGCUAAUUACACCCAACCACCCACCAGUGUCCGUGUCUCCCGGGUCCCCCACCUCCGGGCCCGCGGGGGAGGUGUGUGUGGGGGCUCUCGCCCCGAUGAGGGCCCCGCGCCCGUGAGCGAGUGACCCCAGGGGCGGGCUGCGAAGAAAGGCGGCGAGCGGCCCGCCAAGGCCUAGGCCGCGCGGCCUACGCGGAGGUCGGCGCAGAGGAACUAUGGAGGCCGCGCCCGGGACCCCCCCGCCGCCACCAUCAGAGUCGCCGCAGCCGCCAUCGCCGCCGCCGCCAUCAACGCCUUCGCCUCCUCCGUGUUCCCCCGACGCCUGCCCGGCCACCCCGCACCUCCUCCACCACCGCCUCCCGCUCCCUGACGACAGGGAAGAUGGUGAGUUGGAAGAAGGUGAAUUGGAAGAUGAUGGGGCCGAGGAGACCCAGGACACCUCCGGAGGGCCUGAGAGGAGCCGGAAGGAAAAGGGGGAGAAGCACCAUAGCGACUCAGAUGAGGAGAAGUCGCACAGGAGACUGAAGCGGAAGCGGAAGAAAGAGCGGGAGAAGGAGAAGAGGAGGUCGAAGAAGAGGAGGAAAUCCAAGCACAAACGCCACGCUUCUUCCAGCGAUGACUUCUCGGACUUCUCAGAUGACUCGGAUUUCAGUCCUAGCGAGAAGGGGCACCGCAAGUACCGAGAGUACAGUCCUCCGUACGCGCCGUCCCACCAGCAGUACCCCCCGUCGCACAGCACAUCCCUGCCCAAGAAGGCCUACUCCAAGCUGGACAGCAAAGGCUAUGGCCUGUACGAGGACUACGAGAACGAGCAGUACGGGGAGUACGAGGGCGACGAGGAGGAGGACCUGGGCAAGGAGGACUAUGACGACUUCACCAAAGAACUGAACCAAUACCGGCGCUCCAAGGAAGGCAGCAGCCGGGGCCGAGGCAGCCGAGGCCGUGGCAGGGGGUACCGGGGUCGAGGCAGCCGCGGAGGGUCUCGAGGCCGAGGCAUGGGCAGAGGCAGCCGCGGAAGGGGCAGAGGCUCCGUGGGAGACCACCCAGAGGACGAAGAAGAUUUCUAUGAAGAGGAGAUGGAAUAUGCAGAAAGUGAGGAGCCGAUGGGAGAGGAGGACUAUGACGAGUACUCCAAGGAGCUGAACCAGUACCGCCGGUCCAAGGAUGGCCGAGGACGAGGCUUAAGUCGAGGCCGUGGCCGGGGUUCCCGAGGUCGAGGGAAAGGGAUGGGCCGGGGUCGUGGUCGAGGUGGCAGCCGAGGAGGAAUGAACAAGGGCGGAAUGAACGAUGAUGACGAUUUCUAUGACGAGGACAUGGGCGAUGGUGGUGGGAGCUACCGGAGAAGUGACCAUGACAAGCCUCACCAGCAGUCUGACAAGAAAGGCAAAGUCAUCUGCAAAUACUUCGUGGAGGGGCGGUGUACGUGGGGAGAUCACUGUAAUUUCAGCCACGACAUCGAGCUACCAAAGAAGCGAGAACUGUGCAAGUUUUACAUCACCGGGUUCUGUGCCAGGGCUGAGAACUGCCCCUACAUGCACGGUGAUUUUCCCUGUAAGUUGUACCACACGACUGGGAACUGCAUUAAUGGUGAUGACUGCAUGUUCUCCCAUGACCCUCUGACGGAGGAGACCAGAGAGCUCUUGGACAAGAUGUUGGCUGAUGAUGCAGAAGCAGGCGCUGAGGAUGAGAAGGAAGUGGAGGAACUGAAGAAGCAGGGCAUCAACCCCCUGCCCAAGCCGCCCCCGGGUGUGGGGCUCCUGCCCACCCCACCUCGGCCCCCCGGCCCCCCAGCCCCAACCUCUCCCAAUGGCAGGCCCAUGCAGGGCGGUCCCCCGCCCCCGCCUCCGCCCCCGCCCCCACCCCCUGGGCCCCCUCAGAUGCCCAUGCCGGUGCACGAGCCGCUGUCCCCCCAGCAGCUGCAGCAGGACAUGUACAACAAGAAGAUCCCCUCCUUGUUUGAGAUCGUGGUGCGGCCCACGGGCCAGCUGGCUGAGAAGCUUGGUGUGAGGUUCCCUGGACCCGGAGGACCCCCAGGGCCAAUGGGCCCUGGGCCCAAUAUGGGCCCCCCGGGGCCCAUGGGGGGCCCAAUGCAUCCCGACAUGCAUCCCGAUAUGCAUCCCGACAUGCAUCCCGACAUGCACCCCGACAUGCACCCCGACAUGCCGAUGGGCCCUGGCAUGAACCCUGGCCCACCCAUGGGACCUGGUGGUCCACCAAUGAUGCCCUAUGGUCCUGGAGACUCUCCACAUUCUGGAAUGAUGCCCCCCAUCCCGCCAUCCCAGAACUUCUAUGAGAACUUCUACCAGCAGCAGGAGGGCAUGGAGAUGGAGCCAGGACUCCUCGGGGAUGCAGAAGACUACGGGCACUACGAAGAGCUGCCGGGGGAGCCUGGGGAGCACCUCUUCCCCGAGCACCCUCUGGAGCCCGACAGCUUCUCUGAGGGAGGGCCCCCAGGCCGGCCGAAGCCGGGCGCCGGUGUCCCCGACUUCCUGCCCUCAGCCCAGAGGGCCCUGUACCUGAGGAUCCAGCAGAAGCAGCAGGAGGAGGAGGAGAGAGCGAGGAGGCUGGCUGAGAGCAGCAAGCAGGACCGGGAGAAUGAGGAAGGUGACACUGGGAACUGGUACUCCAGUGACGAGGACGAGGGCGGGAGCAGUGUCACUUCCAUCCUGAAGACCCUGAGGCAGCAGACAUCUAGCAGACCCCAGGCUUCCGUUGGGGACCUGAGCAACAGUGGGCUGGGGGAUCCCCGCCUCCAGAAAGGACACCCCACAGGAGGCCGGCUAGCUGACCCUCGCCUCAGCCGGGACCCCAGACUCACCCGCCAUGCCGAGGCUUCCACUGGGUCUGGCCCAGGAGACACAGGGCCCUCCGACCCUCGGCUGGCUCGCUCCCUGCCCCCCCCAAAACCCGAAGGUGGCCUUCAUUCCAGCCCUGCAGGCCCCAGCGGCACCAAGGGGUCUGGACCACCCCCUACGGAAGAGGAAGAAGGGGAACGGGCCCUGCGGGAGAAGGCCAUGACCAUUCCCCUGGACCCUCUCCCGGGGCAUCCGCUGCGGGACCCGAGGUCACAGCUGCAGCAGUUCAGCCACAUCAAGAAAGAUGUGACCCUGAGCAAGCCGAGCUUUGCUCGCACUGUGCUCUGGAACCCCGAGGACCUGAUCCCUCUGCCCAUCCCCAAGCAGGACGCGGUGCCCCCUGUCCCUGCGGCCCUGCAGUCCAUGCCCACCCUGGAUCCCAGGCUGCACCGUGCCACUGCCACGGGGCCCCCCAACCCCCGACAGCGCCUGGGCACCUCCACAGACUCCGGCGCACCCGGCUCCAACCUGCCUGACUUUGAGCUCCUCUCUCGCAUCCUUAAGACAGUCAAUGCCACGGGCCCCUCAGCGGCCGCGGGCUCCAGCGAUAAGCCCAGUGACCCCCGAGUCCGGAAGGUACCCACUGACCCUCGGCUCCAGAAACCAGCAGACUCUGCUGCCUCCUCCCGGGCUGCUAAGUCUGGUCCCACCGAAGCUUCGUCUCCUGCCCGCAGCCCCAGUGGGGAGUCCUCCCCACCAGCCACCGCCCCCUACGACCCCCGAGUGCUGGCUGCCGGUGGGCUGGGCCAGGGCAGCGGGAGUGGGCAGAGCAGUGUGCUGAGUGGCAUCAGCCUCUACGACCCCAGGACUCCCAAUGCCGGGGGCAAAACUGCAGAGCCGGCUGCCGAUGCGGGCGCCCAGCCCAAGGGCCCCGAGGGCAAUGGCAGGAGCUCUGCCGCCAAGGCCAAGGAGCCCCCAUUCGUCCGCAAGUCCGCCCUGGAACAGCCAGAGUCCGCGAAGCCCACUGCGGAUGGGGGCGCUGCCACGGCCACGGACAGAUACAACAGCUACAACCGGCCCCGGCCCAAGGCCGCUGCGGCCCCCACCGCCACCCCGGGCGCCCCGCCACCAGAGGGCGCCUCGCCCCAGCCCGGCGUGCACAACCUGCCUGUGCCCACCCUCUUUGGGACUGUGAAACAGACGCCCAAGACGGGCUCUGGGAGCCCAUUUGCUGGCAACAGCCCAGCCCGUGAGGGCGAGCAGGACGCGGGGUCCCUGAAAGAUGUUUUUAAAGGCUUUGACCCCACUGCCUCCCCCUUUUGCCAGUAGUGUUAAGCUGGAGUCAAGUGCUCCCUGCACCCCACCCUGCCCAGGGCAAUAUUGAAGGGCAGCAACCGGAGUUGAGAACUUGGGGGGCUCGGAUGUUUUUUUUUUUCCUUAUUUUUUUCCUCUCUCCAUGUCUCUCUCGCUUUCUCUCUUUCUUUUUCUCUCUUUUCUUAAUAGUACUUUCUUUACAACGUAUAAAUUGUAUAUAACCAUUUUCAGUCCGUUCUGGUCAGUGCUGCGGGGCACCCAGGCUCCCACCAAGAAAACAGGCUCCUGCAUGUAAACAGGUGUGAGUCCCCUGAGCCCCAGCCCCAGCUGGCACGUCCUCUGGCCUGGCUCAGUUCUCAGGGACUCUGUGAAGGCUGGAGCCCCAGUCUGGUGGCUGGGUGUCCAGUGGAUUUUCUGGGCAAAGCUUGGCCCCUGCCCGCCCCUGAGGACAAAGGGAACUGUAGGUGUCAGAGGCACUGAACGCGGCUCGCCCCUGCCAGCGAGGAGAGAUGAAGCCGAGACAGUGAGCAGGCCUGGCGUGGAAGCAGGUCCGGGUGCUUCUAGAACCCCAUCCCUUGUACAGGGUGCAGGUCCUGACCACCUGCUUCAGGGACCGAAGGAAGGAGACGAUGUGAGAGAAAGGCAGAGCCCUUGGAAGCUGCCUGGGCCGGGAGAAGCAGAGGUGCCUGCUCCUGUCUGCUGCGGAUCCGCACUCCGGCCUCCCCGCUGCCGUCCGUCCAGAGUUCGUCCUCAGAUCCACACCCCCCACCCGCAUCAGAAGACUCCAGGGUGAGAGAUGGACCUGGAGGUGGCAGGGCUGGUGCGGGGCGGCCUGCCCGCAAAGCUGCCUCCAGGGGGGCAGGCUCCGCAGACUGCGUGUUUUCUGUCAGUAUUAGCCUCCUGUCUUGUCCCGUCCCGUUGCGGUCACGCCUCCUCCCCUCAGGCUGGGGGUCUUUCUUGGUCCUCAGGAGCCAGAGCACCCAGUGUGCUGGCCCCAGCCCCUCGGAUAGCUCACGGAUCCGUGGCGUGGCCGCUCCCCCAAGGCUGCCGACAGGGAGCCCC